UGUUCCUGAAGGAGACCGUUCUGACGAGAUGAAAAUCGCGGAGCAUCGUCAUCUAAUUUACAAGCACACAACGUACUUUGGGCCGUAACACAUGUAUUACAUUUUUAGUUUAUGACGGGAAAAAAACUUAAGCCCAAGAGCAAAAGCUUAAGUUCACUUGACUUUAACCCAACCCAUCUGCUUGUGCUUGAGUAGGAAAACCGGUAAGACUUGAGACACAUAAAACACCGUCUCAUUAGGAACACUUCGCGCUUUCUUCAAGAUGUCUGUAUCAGAUCUAUCUGAUAGGAUACCUGUGCCAAAACCGCGAGCAAGAUACUUGCUUGGAAUAGGUGCAUCCACAAGUGAUGGUGUUGGUCCAGAUGUUCAGGGUGAUACAAAGAUGGAUUUUGAAGAAGAGGUUAAUGACAAACAUAACGUUAGUGUGGAAGAGCCAUUUAGUCAACAGCAUACCAUCUCUGCCUCUACUGGCCUUCAAGAAAACGCUACCUCUAUAGCUUGCGAGGAUUUCACUGUGAUUCCAGUCUCCCCAAAAUCUCUCAAUGAAUCUCUCAGUAAACAGCACCAGAAUUCCAACAAAGCAGGUUCUGCAGACCAGAUGAUUGAUGUUCAAAUAGGGCUUGUUAGAAGCGAAGAAAAGUGUCAUGUUCCCAAAUCACAGAAGGACCCUGAAAAGCCCAAUAAACCACGUGCUGCGACCAUUCGUGUGAGCAGAAGGAAGCAGACAUUAUCGCGGUUACAUAAGACAGCUGCUACAUCUCACUGUGAAAGUGUGGUGGCACAAUCCAGCUGGCUGGAUGUAUGGAGGGGACGCAAACACAAUGUCCUUUGGGCCACUCUAGAUGGUCAGCUCAUGUCACUUUGGAAAAAACGCACAGACAAGUUCACAGAAUAUGUGUUUCAUGUAACAAGCAUCACCAACAUAUGCAGGCAGAAUCACGGACACUUCUCUAUCUACUUUAGGAAAAAACACUUUGAGUUCAUGGCUCACAGUGAAGCCGUGCAAAAGGGUUGGGUUUCAUCUCUCCUUGCCUCACGGGGGGGGGAACCAGUUGAUCCACCCAAACAGCAUGGGCCACUGACCAUGAAAGAUCCACGGAAAAAAGUGCAUGCUGCCAUCUGUGGACAUAACCUUUGGAUUUACAGCAAUAAAGAGGACUUCAGUUUAGGUCUCGGCAUGACAUAUGUAUCCAUGAACAUAGCAUCCGUGAAGCUGACAGGCCGCCACGCCUUUUGUCUCAUUACGCCAUACAGGACCUUUUAUUUCUCUGCAGAAACAGCUAAGGAGACGACUAUGUGGUUGGAUUGCCUGAAUGACGUGAUCCGCAGCGCACUGUCUUGCAAUAUGGUGGCGAAUCGGCUGUGGUUGAGUCCCUGGAAUAAAUAUUGUGCCGACUGUCGUGCUCCUAACCCUGAAUGGGCAUCUGUGAAUCUGCUGGUGGUCAUCUGUGAGGAUUGCGCAGGUGAACAUAGAUCCAUGGGAAGUAGCAGGUCCAAAGUGCGAAGUCUGAAACUAGAUAAUAAGGUCUGGACGGAACCCUUAAUUCAGUUGUUUGUGUUGUUUGGAAAUAAAUCUGCUAAUGGCGUGUGGGGUCAUAACAUCACUCCAGCAGAGCAGAUUGGAUCUGAUGUCUCUCGGGAACAGAGGGCAGUGUUUAUUCUCUCUAAAUAUCAAAAAGGACUUUACCGUAAAACUCAUCCACUUGCUUCAAGCCAGAAACUCCUCAACCAGAGGUUGCUGGAGGUGGUUAGUGGUCCUAAUGUAGAUGAGACUCUAUCUUUGCUGUGCUCUGGGGCGAGAGUUUUGUGCACUGGCACCGAGAUCCCCUCCGCCAUCAGCAUAGCUGAGAGUUCUGGACAAGCCUUACAGACAGAACUGCUGCGACACAAUGAGUUUGUUGAGGCAACUCAGUUUGACAAAGUGAGAUGUUUAGACGAAGAAAUGGAGGAACUCCAUGGAAAGCUAGAUGAGGAAAGAUUUUUGUUCUCACAAGAGAAUGAGUCAGCUGCCUGUGAUGUGCUGGAUUUAAUGGAGGUCAUCUCAGUGUUUGAUUGCUCCACACAGGGAAGUCAUGCGUUUGAGAUGUUUACACUGACAGACAGACUGACCUGCUCUGCAGAUGGGCCUAAUGCUCUCCUGGAACACAUGCUGCAUGUCAUGAAGAUUUUGCUCGGGGAUACAGCAUUGGACGCGGAUCUAGAAGGUGUCUGUGCGAUGUCCAGAGCAUCUGUACGGCAGGGUGCAUCCCUCGACUUUGUUGAAGUGUGGUGUACACUACAGACAGGAAUGCUGAAUAUAUUCACACGGCCACACUGCUCAAGAGAUAAACUGCUGUUGGGAUUUGACACACGCUGCUAUCUACACCAAAAUGAGAACUGCAUCAUGCUGCAGGAUGCUGAGAGAAUACUGCAUAUACAGUUUGAGUUGCAGCAAAGCUGUCUGCGGUGGUAUGAGCUUGUGCAGAGGGCCACAUGCUCGACAACAGAUGGGCAGAAACAUACUGAUGCUGUGCCAUGUGCUAUAGACAGAUGCAUCUCUCACAUAACACAAUAUGUUGGUCAGCAGCAGGAAGCAUGACGUGAUCUAAAACUUCCUGGUAUACGGCUGUGUUGACCUUGGACCUCCGAAAACACAGUGGAACAACACCAGCAAGAUGACAUGGCACCCCAAAUCAUCACUGACUGUGGAAACUUUACACUGGAAAUCAGGGUCCCAGAGUCUGGAGGAAGAGAGGAGAGGCACAGAAUCCACGUUGCUUGAGGUCCAAAGGAAAUGCAAAAUUUACUUUCAUCAGAGAACAUAACUUUGGACCACUCAGCAGCAGUCCAGUCCUUUUUGUCUUUAGCCCAGGCGAGACGCUUCUGAAGCUGUCGGUUGUUCAAGAGUGGCUUGACAAAAGGAAAACCAUGUCUUGCAUACGUCUGUGCGUAGUGGUUCUUGAGGCACUGACUCGAGCUGCAGUACACUCUUUGUGAAUCUCCGCCACAAUUUUGAAAGGAUUUUGUUCACAAUUCUCUCCAGGGUGCAGUUAUCCCUAUUGCUUGUACACAUCUUUUCCUUCCCUUUGCAUCUCUAUUGAUGUGCUUGGACACAGAGCUCUGGGAACAUCCAGUCUCUUUUGCCAUGACCUUUUGUGUGUUGCCCUCCUUGUGCAAAAUGUCAAUGGUCGUCUUUUGGACAACUGUCAAGUCAGCAGUCUUCCCCAUGGUUGUGUAGCCUACAGAACUAGACUGUGAGACAAUUUAAAGGCAUUUGCAGGUGUUUUGAGUGAAUGAGAUGAUUAGAGUGUGGCACCAGGUGUCUUCAAUAUUGAACAUUUUCACAAUAUUCUAAUUUUCUGAGAUACUGAAUUUGGGGUUUUCAUUAGUUGUCAGUUAUAAUCAUCAAAAUUAAAAUAAAUAAACACUUGAAAUAUAUCAGUCUGUGUGGAAUGAAUGUAUACAUUACACAAGUUUCACUUUUUGAAUGGAAUUGGUGAAAUAAAUCAACUUUUUGAUGAUAUUCUAAUUAUAUGACAAGCACCUGUAUACGUUUUUGUUUUUUAAUUAGAAUGAACAUGAAUAUCUAUUGUUAAACACCCUAAAAACAUAAUCAAAGCCUCUAAAACAGCCAAAGACUGGCUCCUUUAAGGUCUUCAGAAUGACUAGAAACUUUAACUUUGCUGGACACUGGCCCUCCAGGAACUGAGUUUGACACCUGUGGUUACAGUUACAUUCAAGUCCUUUUAAGGCAUGAAGAAAUUAUUGUCUGAGGAAAAAACUUAUACAUAUGCUAUUUUGAUGCUCAAAUAUGUGUUUUAAGUGAUACAAUUAUCAAAUUAUUUAAACUAUACAAUAGUUCUGUAUCUGUCCACAUAAAAAAUACUUUACGUGAAGUAAAAAAUAGAAAACAGAAAAAAUAAAUCAAAUAGCCCUAA